AUGAAUUACUUUCUGAACAGCACUCCACUUGAGACAAACUUAACCAGCAAUUUAACUGGAUAUCAAAAUUCAGACAGCAACAGCGGUGCCAGUUUAAGUGCCGUCGUGGGAUUGUCCAUCGCAAACAUAUUGGCGAUUUUCUUCGGAACAUUGGGAAACUCUCUGGUAAUAGUAUCGGUAAUCAUCAACCGAGGCAUGCGUUCAACAACGAACAUUUUCAUAGCAUCGCUGGCUGGCGCAGAUGUCAUAGUUACUUCUACUUGCAUGCCGUUAUUUUUUGUGUACAAUGUUUUGACUUGGCCAGUGUGGCCUUAUGGAAAGACAGGCUGUAGGAUUUUGUCGUUUUUGGUGCAUAUGUCAGUAAUGGCGUCGGCAUUAAGUUUGUUAGCCAUAUCGUAUGACCGCUUCGUGUCAGUUUUUUUCCCACUGAAGCGAUUUAUCACCCCUCCCCGUGCCAAAAAGAUUGUUGGUGUCAUUUGGUUUGUGUCGCCGUUUCUUCUCCUUGCUUCAUUGUUUCACCAUGACGUCGUUUCAAAAGGAAUAAAAGCAGCCAAGUGCGAGGAGUCCUGGAGGAGUUCAAAAGCUUUGCAUUCGUACCAAAUGUACCGGAUAUCAUGUUACUUUCUUUUUCUUCUACAGAUAUCAGUUCUCUAUUUUUUAAUUGGACGCCGUUUGUACACACGUCAGCAACCCGGCGAACAAACAUCUCAAAGUAAAGCAAAAGAUUUGCUGAGCAAACGAAAAAUAAUUAAAAUGCUAUUUCUGGUGGUAGCGUUAUUUGCUUUGUGUUGGCUGCCGUACAUGAUCAACAAACUUUUGAACAUUUUUCCUCCAAGCCCGGGUUAUUAUGCGCCAGAUUUGUUUGUUUUUGUCGGAAAUUUUUUGGGGCUGCUAAACAGCGUCGCAAACCCAAUAGUUUAUGCUGUGCUCAAUAAAAAUUUUAGAAAGGCUUUUAAAAACGCUUUGCGAUGCAACUGUAAUUAUGAACUUGAAGAGCGACGGCGGACUGCGAGUGUUGUUAGCAAACAAGCACAACGAAGACAAUCGGAAAGCCUCACACUGGACCGAGUCCACAGAAACUCACUCUCGAUCUCGGACAAUCAAGUGGUCAGCUAUGGCAGAGUGGUCACUGGGCAGACCAGAGCUGAAAUCAAAUGUCUAUCGUUUACAAGUAUUGAACGGGAAGCUAUCCUGGAAUUGUCAAAAUUUCCGACGUGUUCUCAAAGUCAGGGGUUUUCAGGACGUAAUCCAGAGAAACGACGAGUUAGCUUUGGCGGCGAAUUGUUAAGUUCUAUGGAAACCAAGGAUCCCGAGGCACUUACCAUCGAAAACGGAAGUUUUAAUUUGAUGAAUGGGACAGGUCACUGUCCUAAUAGAGUAGAACAGGCAAGUCAAAGAUGUGGCACUGAUUUCAGUAAUCUGUCUCCUGUACAGGAAAAAGGGCAUGUAAAUGUCAGUUUUGAACCAGAUAGUGAUCGCAUUUGA